AUGGGGAAUGGAGUCUUAACCCUGGUGGAUGCCUUGAACGGGAUCGCCAAAACAUCUCGAGGCUAUAUUUAUAUGCUGGCAGACGUGUGGUUUGGUCCAAGUGUUGAGCCUCUUGUGUUCUGUAACUUCAGUGGAACUGGUCCAAGUGUGGGACACAUCUGGACUAAAAGAAACGGCGCCAUUAUCAAAGGAGAAAUGGCAGAGACAGUACUCAAAAAGGAGGACUUAACAUGUCCCAUCUGUUUGGAAUUACUGAAGAAUCCGGUGACUAUUCCCUGUGGACACAGCUUCUGUAAGGACUGCAUUAAAAACUGCUGGCCUCCAGAACGGGAUAGGUACCAAUGUCCACAGUGCCGAAAGAGGCACAGAACUAAGAGUGGCUUGAAUAAAAAUGUCAUAUUGGCUGACUUAGUGGAGCAGCUGAAGAAGACGCCUGCUGACCACUGUGCCGGGCCUCAGGACGUGGCCUGUGAUGUGUGUCCAGAAGAGAAGAAGCUGAAGGCACACAGGUCCUGUCUACAAUGUAUGGUCUCUUAUUGUGAGGUGCACCUCCAGCCUCAUCACAAUGUAGCAGUGCUGCAGACACACCAGCUGGUGGCGCCCUCCCACAAACUCCAGGAGAACAUCUGCAAGGAGCACAACAAAGUGAUGGAGUUAUUCUGCCGCACAGACCAGCAGCUCCUCUGCUGCCUCUGCUCUGUGCAACAGCACAAGGGCCAUGACACAGUGUCCUCUGCAGCAGAGAGAGCACAGAGGCAGGCAGAGCAGGAGGCCAAGAAGGACCUGCUCCUCCAGAUCCUCCAAGAUAAAGACACAGACCUCCAGAGUCUCCAACAGGAGGCCCAGGACAUCAGGAGCUCUGUCCAGAGAGCAGUGCAGCGCAGUGGGGACAUGUUCAGAGAGAUAGUCCUUCUCUUGGAGAGAAGAUGCUCUGAAGUGGAGCAGCUGAUUCUGUCUGAGGAGAAAACUCAACUGAGCCGAGUCCAAGAGCUCCAGGACCAACUGCAGCAGGAGGUCACAGAGGUGAGGAGAAGCCUCUCUGAGCUGGAGGAACUGUCCAACAACCCGGAUCACAACCAGUUUAUCCUGCACUGCCUCUCACUGUCCACUGAGAGGACAGAGAGGACAGGGACCAGGGUCCUGACAGGAGAUCGCUGCAACUUUGAGAAAAUACCCAGAUUUGUGAUAGCACUCACAGAGAAACUGCAGCUUGUCUUAAAUCGAUUUAAAUCAGCAGGAUCUGAAGAAGCCUCUAGCUCAGUGCCUCCAUCUAUGCCCGCCAGCAGGCAGGACUUUUUUUUGCAUUUUGGACAACUAAUUGAAAUGGACACAAAAACAGCAAAUACUCAGCUGUAUCUGUCAAACAGAAACAGGACAGUAAAAUUUGUGAGGGAAUCAGUGAAGUACCAGGAUCAUCCAGAGCGAUUCACAUACUGGGGUCAGGUCAUGAGCAAACGUGGGAUGAUUGGCCGCUCUUACUGGGAGGUGGAUGCGAGUAAGGCAAAGCGGGUCAGUGUAGCCGUUGCAUACAAAGAUAUCAAGAGAGAAGGAAAUGCUACUAGAUGUGCAUUUGGAUGGAAUGAAAAGUCCUGGGCCUUAGAGUGGGAUAACACUAAAUAUACAUUUUGUCAUAACUCGGUCCAGACAAACAUCACAGGUCCAGUGUCGUCUAUAAUUGGGGUUUACCUGGACCACUGUGCAGGGACUCUCUGCUUUUACAGUGUGUCUAAAACAUACAGUGUAUGGUCUGAUAACCCUAUGACUCUGCUCCACAAAGUCCAGACCACCUUCACUCAACCUCUGUAUGCUGGAGUAAGGCUUUACAGUGCUGGAGAUGCAGUACUUAUAAAUCCUGUGGGAUUACUUAUGUCAGACUCAGAAUCAGACUAAAAUUUAUUGCAUUGUGAACAAAAAAUAAUAAUAAUGUAAUAAGAGGCAUGCAUAGUAAAACAGAGAUAGAUAUUUUGGGUGAAUAUUUGCACUUUUUAGCCUUGGGAAUUCAAUCUUUCACAAAGACUGGUGUUUAGUUUAA